GCGAGUAAUCAAAGGUCAUUCGUCUUCCACCUCUCGUCUUUUCGAAUUUCUGGUUUGUAAAAGUGCUCUACAGUUAUCUACAAAUCAUCUAGUUUUGCGCAUCAGCCGAAAGAAAGGAACUCGAGUUGUGGGUGAAUUUUUCCAGAGUUUCGAGUAACAGAUUGGUUGAAUCCUUGCCUCUGUGUUCCAGCUAUGGAGGUUCCCCAAGGCAAGAGAGAUCAAGAUCGAAAACAAGACAGCUCUCCAGGUGAAAAUUUGCAAAAUACCGAAAAGUUGAGACCCAACAACAAAGCUGGAGAGGGAGAGACUUUUAAUAACCUUGGCAACGCCUAUCAGAGCUCAGGCAACUUUCGUGAGGUCAUUAAGUACCAUGAGCAUCACCUGCAAAUUGCAAAAGGAUUGGGGGAUAAAGCUGGAGAAGAAGAGGCUUAUGGCAUUCUUGGCACUGCCUAUCUAAUCUUAGGCGAUUUUCAUAAGGCAAUCGAGUACCAUGAGUAUUGUCUACAAAUUGCAAAAGAAGUGGGAGACAAAGCGGGAGAAGGAGGGGCUUAUGGAAGUCUUGGCAUUGCCUAUGAUAACUUAGGCAAUUUUCGUAAGGCAAUAGACUACCAUGAGCGUCAUCUACAAAUUGCAAAAGAAGUGGGGGACAAAGAUGAAGAAGGAGGAGCUUAUGGAAAUCUUGGCAAUGCCUAUCAGAGCUUAGGCGAUUUUCAUAAAGCCAUCCAUUACCAUGGGCGUCAACUACAAAUUACAAAAGAGGUGGGCGAUAAAGCUAGAGAAGGAAAGGUCUAUGGAAAUCUUGGCAAUGCCUAUAAGAGCUUAGGCGAUUUUCAUAAGGCAAUCAAGUACCAUGAGCGUCGUCUACAAAUUGCAAAAGAGGUGGGGGAUAAAGCUGGAGAAGGACGGGCUUAUGGAAAUCUUGGCAAUGCCUAUCAGAGCUUAGGCGAUUUUUAUAAGGCAAUCGAGUACCAUGAGUGUCAUCUACAAAUUGCAAAAGAAGAGGGUGAUAAAGUUGGAGAAGGACAGGCUUAUGGAGGUCUUGGCAAUGCCUAUCAGUGCCUGAGUGAUUUUCAUGAGGCAGUCGCAUAUCAUGAGCAUCACCUACAAAUUGCUAAAGAAGUGGGGGACAAAGCGGGAGAAGGAAAGGCUUAUUGUAAUCUUAGCAAUGCCUAUCAAAGCUUAGGCAAUUUUCAUAAGGCAAUUGAGUACUGUGAGCGUGACCUACAAAUUGCAAAAGAAGUAGGGGACAAAGCUGGAGAAGGAGGGACAUAUGGAAAUCUUGGCAAUGCCUAUGAGAGUUUAGGCGAUUUUCACAGGGCAAUCGAGUAUCAUGAGCAUCGUCUGCAUAUUGCGAAAGAGGUGGGGGACAAGGCUGGAGAAGGGCGAGCUUAUGGAAAUCUUGGUAAUGCCUAUCAGAGCUUAGGCGAUUUUCGUAAGGCAAUCCAGUACCAUGAGCUGCGUCUACAAAUUGCAAAAGAGGUGGGGGAUAAAGCUGGAGAAGGACGGGCGUAUGGAAAUCUUGGCAAUGCCUAUCAGAAGUUAUGCGAUUUUCAUAAGGCAAUCAAGUAUCAUGAGCAUCGUCUACAAAUUGCAAAAGAAGUGGGGGAUAAAGAUGGAGAAGGACAGGCUUAUGGAAAUCUUGGCAAUGCCUAUUUUAUGCUUAACCACAUCUCUAAAGAUCGAGGUUCAUUUUUGAAAGCCCGUGACUACUUUAGUUCCAGUUUGUCAAAGUUGAAUGAAAUAAGGGCUCAUCUCCAGUUUAAUGACGAGUGGAAAAUUAGCUACCGCGAUACGUAUAACAAUAUAUACAAUAGUUUGUGGUGUCUCCAUUUAAACCAAGGUGAAGUUAAUGAUGCCUUGCGUGUUGCUGAGGAUGGAAGGGCGCAGGCUCUAAAAGAUCUCAUGGAAGAAAAUUAUGGGUGUCAAGACGUAUACUCUUGGUCUCAUUCCUCAGAGAAGUCGACUGGUUCCUCUCUUAGAUCCAUUCAUUCGACAACAGUUUUCAUAGCUCUCAAUAAACAAGAAAUAAUUUUCUGGGUCAUAAGGAAAGAUGAAGAAGUCACCUUGAGGAGAAGAGAGGUAAGAGACUAUGUUUCCGAAGAAGACGUGAGAACCUUCCUUUCGACUCUACACCAUACCACCUUGGACGAAAUUGGUGUACGUGCUGGCGUUAAAAUCGAAAAUCGCUCACUUGAUGAGUCACGUGAGGUGGGGUGCAGGACUGACAGGGCCCCUGUCAAUAUUUCUCGGCCUCUUUCACCACAGGAAAGCUUAAAGAGCUUUUUUGACCUUAUCAUUGCUCCUGUUGCUGACCUGGUUCAUGGAAAUGACCUCGUUCUCGUUCCAGAAGGUCCAUUAUGUUUGGUACCCUAUGCAGCACUGAUGAACCCAAAACAGGAGUAUCUGUGUGAGUCUCUAAAGAUCAGAUUGAUUCCGUCCUUGACCACUUUGAAAUUAAUUACCGAUUCUCCAGCUGACUUCCACAAUAAGACAGGCGCCCUUCUCGUGGGAGAUCCGUACCUAGAGGAAGUUCUCUAUAAAGGGAGAAAGUUGUGUGAGCUGCCAUAUGCAAAGAAAGAAGUAGAGAUGAUUGGAAGAAUCCUAGGAACGGCUCCCCUCAUUGGAAAAAUGGCGACUAAAGGAGAAGUCUUAAAGCGACUAUCCAGGGUUGCUUUGGUGCACAUCGCCGCACAUGGCAAAAUGGAUACAGGAGAAAUUAUUUUGGCCCCAAACCCUGCUGAGGAAUCCCAUCAUUCUGAGGAGAAAGACUUUUUGUUGACGAUGGCGGAUGUAUUGGAAGCUAAGCUGCGGGCAAGGUUGGUUGUGUUGAGUUGCUGUCAUAGUGCUCAUGGAGAAAUAAAGGCUGAGGGAGUGGUUGGUAUUUCUCGAGCAUUUUUAGGUGCUGGGGCUCGGUCCGUUUUGGUGUCCCUCUGGGGAAUUGAUGACGAAGCCACUUUCCGGUUCAUGAAACAUUUCUAUAAAGAACUAGUUAAAGGAAGGAGGGUCAGUGAAGCUCUUAACCAAGCCAUGAAAUGUAUGAGAGAGUCUGAAGAGUUCGGGGAAGUAAAGUACUGGGCACCAUUUGUUCUCAUUGGGGAUGAUGUCACUCUGGAGCUAAAUGGAACUGAUUCAGUCUAGUCGCCGCUGAAUAUGGUCGCUGCCCGAAGAUGAUAAAUGAAAACUACAACUGUCAUUGUCCGUCAGUUAAGAUUAACAUGGGAAUGGAUCUUGAUGUGAUAAACCCUUUCAGUGCCAUGGCCGGUACCAUUCUGUAUUUCAAAUAGCAUGAAAUAAAUCAAAAUUUAGGAGUUUGGAAAUGAUCUGGCUCUCUGCAUAGCAAAAGAUCAAUGUUACUAGGAAAAAUUUUUUUAUCUGCUCAUGUUUGACAAAUCGUAACAAACCAUAGUCACUGGUUGGAUUUAAUAUGUUGUAACUUAUCAAAUUUAGGAGUUUGGAAAUAAUCUGGCUCUAUUUGCAUAGCGAAAGAUGAAUGUUAGUUGACAGAAUUUUUUUUUUUGAUCCGCUUGCUCUUUGACAAAUCGUAACAAACCAUAGUCAUUGGUUUGAUUUUAUAUGUUGUAACUUAUCAAAUUUGAUAAUCAACUUGAUAGCAUACAUACACAUGAUUUAACCGUACAAAUAUAUUGGUUUUGAAUUUAAUAACAAGUAAGAGUUUAGGUUUCAAAAAUGUGGACACUACACAGGCAGCGGAGGGCCUAGCACCCUUACGUUUUUAGUAAGGAAAUCUGUGAAGCCACUGUAGGCCCUGAGCGUGGUUAGCUUUAGUGUCCUGUUUAAUAAAUAAAGAGACCAGUCCUAAAUCAGGGCAGGAAAAAAUUAGUUUACAUUUUUCAGUCAGAAAUGAUAACAUCGAAAGCUUCUCCCUCCGCACAGAGGUUGCAACUCAGCAGAAUCAGAUGCGAGGAUGGGGAGCCAAACUUUAUAUAGUGUUAAAGAUUAAGAUUACGGGAUCCACUGAACUAAUUUCAACUUAUUAAAUAUUAAUUGGAUUGGUAUUUUGAUUUUUAGGUUGUUAUAGCUUACUUAGAAUAUUCCUGUAUACUGUUUUCAUCGGCAGGUGUUGUAUAAGUUGACUGUUGAUAUCAAACAAGUAGUUGAAUGAUUGCUCAUGUUUAUUUUAGAAUGCAAGUAACUAUUUUAUUAAAGGAAGUGCUUCGACUUCAGC